AUGGUGGCCCCUUGGGCUUUUUUGGAAGCGUGUGGUUUCCCAGGGAUUUCAGGACCCCCCAUUCCUGGUGACUGGUUUUCGGUGGCUCCAGCCCCAAGAGUUCAGAACCAGGAACAUCAGAUCGGAAGGAAGGGACAUCUUACUGUACAUCAGAGAACCCACACUGGAGAGAAACCUUAUGAAUGUAACCAGUGUGGACAGGCUUUUACCCGAAAGGAUUGUCUUAUUAUCCAUAAGAGAAUCCACACUGAGGAAAAACCUUAUAAAUGUAACCAGUGUGGAAAGGAUUUUAGAAAAAAGGGAGCUCUUAUUGAACAUCAGAGAAUCCACACUGGGGAGAAACCAUAUGAAUGUAGUCAGUGUGGAAAGCGUUUUAGAAUCAAGGGAGAUCUUAUUGUACAUCAGAGAAUUCACACUGGGGAGAAACCUUAUGAAUGCAACCAGUGUGGAAAGGGUUUUAUAUGCAAAAAAUCUCUCACUCUACAUCAGAGGAUCCACACUGGGGAGAAGCCUUAUGAAUGUAAACAAUGUGGAGAGACUUUUGGAUUCAAGAGAAGUCUUACUGGACAUCAGAAAAUCCACAAUGGAGGGAAAUCUUAUGACUUGGUGACAUUCAGGGAUGUGGCUGUUGACUUCACCCAGGAGGAGUGGGGCCUCUUGGACCCUCCCCAGAAGGAGCUGUACAAGGAGGUCAUGUUGGAGAAUGCCCGGAACGUGCUGUCCCUGGGGCUUCCAGUUCCCAGGGAAAAUGUGAUCUUGUAUUUUAAGCAAAGACAAGUACCCUGGAUGCUGGACCAAGAAGACCUGAGGAGCCACUCUCCAGAACAAGAGAUCAGACUUGAAAUGAAGGACAUUAUUGAGGAGAAAAGCCUUUCUGUGGUAGAACCUCACAGGCCAAGAUCCCUAAGUCCCUGCAAUUUCACUUGGAGAGAAAUCUGUGCUACACAAGAGAAAAUCCACACUGGGGAGAAACAUUAUGAAUGUAACCAACAUGAAAAGCGUUUUACAGAAAGGGAAUCUCUUACUGUACAUCAGAGAAUCCACACUGGAGAGAAACCUUAUGAAUGUAACCAAUCUCUCGCCUCCGGCACUGCUCUCAAUGGCGCCAGCAAGCAAAUCACUGGGGAAGAACAGGAUGACGAGCUCACCGCUGCAGCUCUGGGGAGAUCUAGACCAGUCCGUUGGGUCCUCAGAGACCCCCCUUCCUACGGCCAGGAGCGCCACGGACCCGAGACCAAAGCGCCUUCCCGGCCCUUAAGUGAACCCUCCUUAGGGCUGGUUCCGUCGGUCCCAGACUUGCGCUCCUUGUCUGCACUUUCCUUUGGGGCCCCAGCCCGACUCCACCAGGGCGUCCCCAGGGCCUCCCCGCUCCUAGGCAAACCUGGACCGGGCUUCCUGCUUUCCGGGGUGAUGAUCACUCAUAUGUUUCAAUGUAACAGGGUGAAUCUCAAGGUGGAGCAGCCCUGGAUCCUGCUCCAUUCCCUAAGGAGAACUCAAUUCAGGCUUUCUCCUUCAUCCCUCCCUGAUUUCCAUGCCCAGCGCUUUCAGUUGGCAGAGAAGACGUGA